UACGAUUCAUUGAAGGCAACGGGGACAUAAAACUACAGCGUCUGACCCGAAGCGGUCGGUGCUGAUUUUCUGCUGCAGGUCCGGGUCCUGCCGCUGGAUUCCCCCAUUGUUUUUUGGGAACUGUGACUGUCGAAUGGUUUGGCUUUUGUAACUGGACACACACACACUAAAUACUGAGAGAAGCCUCCGAUAUCUUCGCACCUUUCUUUCUCCCUCGCGGGCCCUGCAUGUCUAAUAUUUAGACAUGUUCAGCUUUAUGGAUUCCAGGACUGUACUGCUACUUGUAGCAACCCAAGUCUGUCUAUUAACUGUUGUAAGAUGUCAAGACGAGGACGACCAGGAGGAUGUUUUUAGCUGUACACAAGAUGGACAGCGCUAUAGUGACAAGGACGUAUGGAAACCAGAGCCUUGUCGCAUCUGUGUGUGUGACACUGGAACCGUCCUGUGUGAUGAAAUUGUCUGCGAGGAGCUAAAAGACUGCCCCAAACCUGAAAUCCCAUUCGGAGAGUGUUGCCCCAUCUGCGCAGCUGACCAGUCUCCACCCAUUGGAGCACCUGGAGCUAAGGGUCAGAAAGGUGAACCCGGAGACAUUACCGAUGUUGUAGGACCAAGAGGACCAAGUGGCCCAAUGGGCCCACCAGGAGAGCAAGGACUCCGCGGAGCAAGAGGAGAUAAGGGAGAGAAGGGAAGCCCUGGUCCCCGCGGCAGAGAUGGUGAGCCCGGCACCCCCGGAAACCCCGGCCCCCCUGGACCUCCAGGACCUAAUGGACCCCCUGGCCUUGGUGGAAACUUUGCUGCUCAGAUGGCUGGUGGAUUCGACGAGAAGGCUGGAGGCGCACAGAUGGGUGUGAUGCAAGGACCAAUGGGCCCUAUGGGUCCCAGAGGACCACCUGGCCCCACCGGAUCACCUGGCCCACAAGGUUUCCAAGGCAACCCAGGAGAGGCUGGAGAGCCCGGACAGGCUGGCCCAAUGGGUCCCCGUGGCCCUCCUGGACCUUCUGGAAAACCUGGAGAUGAUGGUGAGGCUGGCAAAUCUGGCAAACCAGGCGACCGUGGACCUGCAGGACCUCAGGGAGCUCGUGGAUUCCCAGGAACUCCUGGCCUGCCUGGCAUCAAGGGACACAGAGGUUAUCCAGGUCUUGAUGGUGCAAAGGGAGAGACUGGAGCUGUUGGGUCUAAGGGUGAGUCUGGUGCUCCCGGAGAGAAUGGCGCUCCUGGACCUAUGGGACCUCGUGGUUUGCCUGGUGAGAGAGGACGUCCUGGACCCAGUGGAGUUGCUGGUGCACGUGGAAAUGAUGGCUUGCCCGGUCCUGCUGGUCCCCCAGGCCCUGUCGGUACCUCUGGAGCUCCAGGCUUCCCUGGCUCUCCUGGUUCAAAGGGGGAAGCUGGUCCCACUGGUGCUCGUGGACCUGAGGGUGCUCAGGGACCCCGUGGAGAGUCUGGCACUCCUGGAUCACCCGGACCUUCUGGCGCUUCUGGAAACCCUGGUACUGAUGGUAUCCCUGGAGCCAAAGGAUCAGCUGGUGCUCCUGGUAUCGCUGGUGCUCCUGGUUUCCCUGGACCUCGUGGGCCUCCCGGGCCUCAAGGAGCAACUGGACCUCUUGGGCCCAAAGGAACAUCUGGAGACCCAGGUAUCCCAGGGUUCAAGGGAGAGGCUGGACCCAAAGGAGAAAUUGGACCGCCUGGUGUUCAGGGAGCUCAUGGCCCACAAGGAGAAGAAGGCAAGAGAGGACCCAGGGGUGAGGCUGGUGCUGCUGGACCACUUGGACCUCCUGGAGAGAGAGGAGCCCCCGGUAACCGUGGUUUCCCUGGUCAAGACGGUCUGGCUGGUCCCAAGGGAGCCCCUGGUGAGCGUGGACCUGCUGGUGCCAGUGGUCCCAAGGGUGCCAACGGUGACCCUGGCCGUCCUGGAGAGUCUGGUCUGCCCGGUGCCAGAGGCCUGACUGGACGCCCUGGUGAUGCUGGUCCUCAAGGCAAAGUUGGACCUUCUGGAGCUUCUGGUGAGGACGGUCGCCCAGGCCCCCCCGGCCCACAGGGAGCCCGUGGACAGCCUGGUGUCAUGGGAUUCCCCGGACCCAAGGGAGCAACUGGUGAGCCUGGCAAGUCGGGAGAGAAAGGACUGGGUGGAGCUCCUGGUCUGAGAGGUCUGCCUGGAAAAGAUGGAGAAACCGGUGCUGCUGGACCCCCCGGCCCCGCCGGCUCUGCUGGAGAGAGAGGAGAGCAAGGACAGCCUGGUCCCUCAGGUUUCCAGGGUCUGCCUGGACCUCCCGGCCCCCCUGGUGAGGGAGGCAAGCCUGGAGACCAGGGUGUUCCUGGAGAGGGUGGAGCUGCUGGUGCUACUGGACCCAGAGGAGAGCGUGGUUUCCCCGGAGAGAGAGGAGCUGCCGGCCCUCAGGGUCUGCAGGGACCCCGAGGUCUGCCUGGAACUCCUGGAACUGACGGACCCAAGGGAGCCAUUGGACCUGCUGGUACUGGUGGAGCUCAGGGACCCCCCGGCCUGCAGGGUAUGCCCGGAGAGAGAGGAGCUUCUGGCAUUCCUGGACCCAAAGGAGACAGAGGUGACCUUGGAGAGAAAGGACCUGAAGGUGCUCCCGGCAAAGACGGCGGUAGAGGUCUCACUGGUCCCAUUGGUCCCCCUGGUCCUGGUGGUCCCAACGGCGAGAAGGGUGAAUCUGGUCCUGCCGGUCCUUCUGGUGCUCCUGGUACCCGCGGUGCUCCUGGUGACAGGGGUGAGACUGGACCUCCUGGGCCUGCUGGAUUUGCUGGACCCCCUGGUUCUGAUGGUCAACCAGGAAUCAAGGGAGAGCAGGGAGAAUCUGGACAGAAGGGUGACGCUGGUGCCCCUGGACCCCAAGGACCCUCUGGUGCCCCUGGACCUGCAGGUCCUACCGGUGUUUUUGGACCUAAAGGUGCUCGUGGUGCUCAGGGACCUCCUGGUGCGACUGGUUUCCCUGGAGCUGCCGGCCGAGUUGGACCCCCUGGUCCCAAUGGUAAUCCUGGACCUGCUGGUCCAGCCGGGCCUUCCGGUAAAGAUGGACCCAAGGGUGUGAGGGGAGAUGGUGGACCCCCAGGCAGACAGGGUGACGCUGGGCUUCGUGGUGCUGCUGGGGCUCCUGGAGAGAAGGGAGAUGCUGGAGAGGAUGGUCCCCCUGGUCCCCUCGGUCCUUCAGGUCCUCAGGGUUUGGCUGGUCAGCGCGGUAUCGUGGGUCUGCCAGGACAGCGUGGUGAGAGAGGUUUCCCCGGUCUGCCCGGACCUUCUGGUGAGCCCGGGAAGCAGGGAGCUCCUGGUGGCAGCGGAGACCGCGGACCCCCUGGACCUGUUGGACCACCUGGACUCACUGGACCUGCAGGAGAGCCUGGCAGAGAGGGCAAUCCUGGAUCUGAUGGACCUCCUGGUAGAGAUGGUGCUACUGGAAUCAAGGGUGAUCGUGGUAACACUGGUCCUGUUGGUGCUCCUGGAGCUCCGGGCGCGCCUGGUGCUGCUGGCCCAGUUGGCCCCACUGGCAAACAGGGAGACCGAGGAGAGUCUGGUGCACAAGGACCUUCUGGACCUUCAGGGCCUGCUGGAGCCAGAGGAAUGCCUGGACCCCAAGGACCCCGCGGUGACAAGGGUGAGGUUGGAGAGUCCGGUGAGCGAGGACAGAAGGGACACAGAGGCUUCACUGGUCUGCAGGGUCUGCCCGGACCUCCGGGUCAAGCUGGAGACCAGGGUGCUACUGGACCUGCUGGACCUUCUGGACAAAGAGGACCACCUGGACCUGUUGGCCCUGCUGGAAAGGAUGGUGGAAAUGGUCUGCCAGGACCCAUUGGACCCCCUGGACCUCGUGGUCGCAGUGGAGAGACCGGUCCCUCUGGUCCUCCCGGAAACACCGGACCCCCUGGUCCUCCUGGUCCCCCUGGCCCUGGCAUCGACAUGUCCGCCUUCGCUGGUCUGGGUCAAACUGAAAAGUCCCCUGAUCCUCUCAGGUACAUGAGGGCUGACCAGGCUUCCGGAAACCUCCGUCAGCAUGAUGCUGAGGUCGACGCCACGCUCAAAUCUCUCAACAACCAGAUUGAGAACAUCCGCAGCCCCGAGGGAUCCAAGAAAAACCCGGCUCGCACCUGCAGAGACCUGAAGCUCUGCCAUCCUGACUGGAAGAGCGGAGAGUACUGGAUUGAUCCCAACCAGGGCUGCACCGUCGAUGCAAUCAAGGUCUUCUGCAACAUGGAGACAGGAGAGUCCUGCGUCAGACCGAAGCCUGCCAGUAUCCCUCGCAAGAACUGGUGGUCCAGCAAGAGCAAGGACCGCAAACAUGUCUGGUUCGGAGAGACAAUGAAUGGAGGUUUCCACUUCAGCUAUGGUGAUGACAGCCUGGCACCCAACACGGCUUCCAUUCAGAUGACUUUCCUGAGACUGCUGUCCACCGAGGCUUCUCAAAACCUCACCUACCACUGUAAGAACAGCGUGGCCUACAUGGACGCCUCAACGGGCAACCUGAAGAAGGCUGUGCUGCUGCAGGGCUCCAACGACGUGGAGAUCAGAGCCGAGGGCAACAGCCGCUUCACUUACAGCGUGAUGGAGGACGGCUGCACGAAACACACGGGACAGUGGGGCAAGACAGUGAUCGAAUACAGAUCGCAGAAGACCUCUCGUCUGCCCAUUGUAGACAUUGCCCCCAUGGAUAUUGGAGGAACAGACCAGGAGUUUGGAGUCGAAGUCGGGGCAGUCUGCUUCUUGUAAAGAACGAGGGAAUGAAAAGAAGAGAAAGAAGAAGUGGAAAUUUGAAAGAAAUUAAAUGAAAGAGGAGCACACUUCAGAAAAAGAAAAAUCAAGACACUUUUUUUAAAUGGGACUUUUUUUCUAAGUAAAAAGUGCUUUUUCCAAGUCGAACUCCGUAGGAUAUCUGCACUGAAUGGCACCAGCAACUGUCAUCUGUGAUUCAUCCAGCAUUGUCACCUUGCCCCCCCCCCCCACCCUAUGGAUACCCAGCACUACCCAUAAUCUCCCCACUACCCUGGGUGAACAGCAAACCCCCCCCUCCCCCACCACCACCCCUUCCCUUGAACAAGAAGGAGGAAGUAUGAGGAGAGUACAGGAACAUACCAGGGAACUAGAGAAAGAAAAUGUGUUGGUGUUAUUUAUUUAUUGUUUAGGUUUGGGUCCCAUGUGUGGUAGGACUGAGUUUGUUGCUAAGUAAUAAAAAGCCCACUUACACAUAUAAAA